AUAUUCAAGAGACCAGCAAUUCCAUCAAUUAACCACCAUUCAACGGCGGAUCUACUGAGAAACGGUACCUGUAGAGUUGCUCAAGCCUCCUGCGGAAACAACCCCCUGGCUGGUCCAAGCGGGUCGGUCUCCCAGGAAUGGCCAAACCGCCUACAACUCUGGAUCGCCGAUUAUCUCCCCGCAAUCAUGAGGGGAGCUCUCCCAACGCCGCAGCUUUGCAAGGAGCUCUCCUAGCCUUUAAUUCAACCCCAGUCAGAGAUCCUCCACGGCUGGUCAGCCAGAAAUCCGGCGUAAUUAUGGGGAUUGACCGUCGGGAUCCCGCCCCUAUUCUGGACCGCGACUCCGAACCGCCUUUAGAGCUCCCGGAACCCGGCUCUAUAAAGGAUAAGAUCGCGAAGUUCAGUAGCAACUCGAGCUCACAGACAGAUAUUCAAGCGAAAAGUCUGCAACAUGUUGCGGCCCAGCUUGCGGUGAGAAACACCCCGACGCCCAGCGCAAAAGCUGCAAGUGUCGGUGUCCAGAAAGCCCAAAUCCAGCAAAAUGGGGAGCAUGAAGACCAGAAUCUGCCGUCCCCGAUCCCCGUCCGAGGGACGAUAGCAACCCGUUCGCUUGUUGGACGAUUUUUAGACGAUGCCGAAGAAACGUCGCUGCCAAAAUUUAUUGCGUCGCCCGUGCCUACCACCUCUCCUAGGCCGGCCGUAUCAAAGCCUCGACCAAAUCCGCCUGCACCUCGAAAACCCGCUCUAAUAUCAUCAUCAACAACCCACUCAACCAGCUCAUUAGCUCCUACCAGCCAGCGUCUAGACAAAUUAAAACGUGACCAAGAGCUCUCGAGCAGCCAAUCUUCUCUUCGCUCAAAGGCCUCCUCUUCUACCUUAUCUGAGGGGCGGCCUCCCGCGCUCCCACCACGACGAGCUGAUUCAACCAUGUCUACGAGGGAUACACGAGACCAUCGAUAUCUCCUUGGAGAUAACCGGUCUCCGGUACGGCCGUCAAGCUCCAGUGCUGCAUCACUCUACAGCCAAUCACAAAACUACAGCAGCUCAAGCAUGCCUGAUAAUUUGACGGAUGUAAGUAGAGAAGGGCGUUCAGACGCCGUCGUUGCCUCGUCACGAGCGUCAGCCCGAGCCCUACAGGCGAAGAGGUCCCCUCCUCCACCCCCACCAUCGCGUCGACGCAGAUCUCGUUCAUUGUUACAACUUCAACAUCAAUCCAAAAAGGACCGCCCCUCCAAUCCAAGCCCGGGUAACCUACGUCAAACACUCCGGGCCGAAGCCAAAUCUGAUGACGAGGGAGGUCACCACCGUCGACAUCUUCACCAUCCACACACAAAAAAUAUCAUCCAUAAACACCCGCAUAAACACCACGAAGGCGAUAGAAAACGAUGGCGAAUUGAAAUAACCGAGAAAGAGCGAAAGCGGUAUGAAGGUGUUUGGGCUGCUAAUAAAGGGCUGCUUAUUCCUCCUUACCAAAUAUUUAAACAGGGUUCCCAGGGAGAACGACCCCCUGACAUGUAUCCUGUGAAUGCUCUUGAGAUGGUGGUAAACCUAGUGGUUCAGGAUAUCUGGUCGCGCAGUCGCCUUCCAGACCAUACCCUAGAGCAAGUCUGGGACCUUGUGGAUGGACAGAAGAUUGGUCUUCUUGCGAAGGAAGAGUUUGUCGUCGGCAUGUGGUUAAUCGACCAACAAUUGAAGGGACAUAAGCUCCCCGCAGUCGUUCCUGAUAGCGUGUGGGGGAGUGUUAGACGUGUACCUGGCAUUUCCUUGGGUGAUCUUCGAACCUAAUCCCACAGUCGUGUGCCAUACAGUUGCCUGUCACGUUAGGCCUCUAUGUACUCGGCUGCUCUUUGGCAUCCGGCACCUAUAUAGAUUCCCAGAGAAGUGAAUCAGUGGAAUAUUCCUUUAGGGUCGUUGCAACAGGAAUACUAAUGCCCCCAUCCUGUAUUUCGCAUCCCUCUUAUAUUGAGGAAUAAAGGAAC